CUGAACUCAAUGUCUUGACAUCUAGAAAACGAUGGGAUGGAAGCCAACUCCAUGGGUUUUACUAUUUGUAUGUCUCGCAACGGUUCCCGGGAUGCUGGACGAGGUCCCCAGCUGUCGUGUGUCAGAGUUCACUUGUGCUAACGGCAGAUGCAUCAGUCUCAGCAAGUAUUGUGACGGCACAGACGACUGUGGAGAAGGCUCUGACGAAGUCGAAGGAUGUACGAGUUGUAACCGCACUUAUUACGGUGAGAUCGAUAUCAAAUAUCCUUUGAGAAUUACUGAAAAGUUUCCAAGAUCGCAACCUUACGUUUGCAAAAUCACCUUCUUGGCCGAUGGAGAUGAAUUUGGUGACAUUAUCCAGUUGACUUUCCUUAAUUUUCAACUCGGCACGCUGGAGGUUGAUAAGGACCAAAGUUCGGUGUGCCAGAAAGGGUACCUUCAGAUCAUCGAGCCAUCUGAGAUGUCCAACGAUCGGCUGAGAAGCCAACAGCAAAGGGGAUUCUACCGUUUAAUGUCUGCAUUAAAGCAGCCACCGGAACAACUUUCGAAAUUAUACGACGUUGGACAAGGUGAACCUCAUUUCGGUCAUGUUUGUGGUGACAUCGUGGGCAGGAGCGCAACUUACUUUUCAGAAGGGAACAACGUUAGUUUGGUGAUUGUCGUCCCGAGGAAGACUGUCGUACAACCGUUUUCGUUCAGCUUAUAUUUGACUUACAAAUAUCUUCCCAGCCGGCCUUCUUCUACACGCUAUGGUACAGGCGGUUCACCAUACUACUUGGGUACUAAAGUGGUCAAUACUUACUGUGAUCGGAUUCUUGUCAACUGUCACCAGAAACGUUGCUUAGUCAGGUCCCCCAACUUCCCGGGAUUCUAUCUAAGAAAUAUAACUUGCCAUUAUUGGAUAAGGCAGGAUUCGAUACCACGUGGGCAACACGCCCACAUCACUCUUGCUCAGAAUAACGAAUACAAGAUCUCCAUUUACACGGGACGUUCGACUUCCAAGUCGUUCCCGGACAGCAGUACUCUGACUGUCGAUUGUUACAGUGAUGUCGUCAGGAUCUAUGACGGCUCUAACGUUAGUUCGCCUUUGCUAACUGAAUUCUGUGGUGCUGGGGUAUUACCCGAAAUCACUUCGAGCAGCACGGAGCUGCUGGUAGAGUUGUACAGUGCCCCGAGUCAACUCUUACACAAUUCAUGGUUAGAAUUGGAAAUUAGUGUGAGAUUCGUGGAUUCUUCGGAAUUUAGAGUCAGGAAGGGGUGUGAUUUUGUUAUAGACGGUUCCAAACGUGAACACGGUCUGAUAUACACACCGCGUCACACCGUGCCACGUAACACCACUUGUACUUAUCACCUCAUUGGUGCAACGCCAUUCCAUCGGGUUUGGUUGUACUUCCUGUCCUAUUUUAUAGAGAACAAGCAUCAGUGGACUCACAGUGAGACGUGUGACGUCAAUAGACUAGAUGUAUACGAUUUAGACAAAAAUAGAACACUGGACGAACCCACGUAUCGUUUUUGUGGUAAGUCAACACCUAGGGUGUGUGCACGGGCCGCUGAUCACCCGGAUAACAUACCCGUCCGUCCUUGCACCUAUCCUUCUGACAGUUACAUCUCUACUGGUUCCGAGAUGAUUGUUAAACAGAAUUUCUUUGCCACUACAGAACUCACCAGUAAAACCAGUGCUUUCGUGGCCAGAUACGAGUUUGUAGAUACGAGCCAGGACGGUAGCCAAGUCAAUAAUACUCUAUGUGAUCGGAAAUUCGAGAGGUGGUCCGGACAGCGUGGCACAUUCUCCUCACCACGCAACGUCUUCUUCUACGGACGUGGGGGGAGGGAAAACAUCUCGUGCUCUUAUUACUUUAUGGGUUUGGGUAGUGAGAGGAUCAGAAUCACUUUCGUUAAGGUGAAGUUACGAUCCUCGCUGUGUGACAAUUACUACGAUGACGUGGUGCAGAGGUACAAGUGCAGGAUGUGGAGCGAAGAUACGAGUUCGCGCCUAUUGGUGAGCGAACAAUGGGGUUACGUAUUUUCACUGUUGGGUUGCUUGUGCAGCACGCUUUACGACAGGCAGCUGCCAGUUGUUAUGGAGUCGGUGAGUAACAACGUAAAGAUAACAUUUUCCAUCAACCAAAUGACGCCUUACGAAGAUUUCAAGGACUUUAAUUUCGAGGCCCAGUACGAAUUCCUCCCUUCGUCCUACUGUGACGAGGGAUUGCAUCGCAAAUCUUGGUCUAGCGAGGGAGAGAUGGUGUUUCAAACUCCAACAAACUUGGACGUCAAACAACCUCUAAGAUGUCGUUGGCUGGUGGAAGCUUCACCCCACAAGUACCUAUACCUGAAAUUUAAUGGACACGAUGGCACUACCAAGUGUCCUAGUGGAAAUCGCGUCAUCGUGUAUGCAGGUAACGACGUGCAACCUUUAGUUGUAGUCUGUAUCCAUAACGAAGCAAGGAUGAAAGAAAUCGACGUAUUUUCUAGCUCGUGGUAUAAUGAAAGUAACAGUUACACCACGGCUCAUCUAAGGGAUCACGUGUUUGUGGAAGUGAUCGCGACUACACCCACCAUAUUCACUAUCAGGUGGAUAGAAGUGACCAAACCUUUCUUAAAGACCCAAUCAGGUCAGACGUUGAGGAACGUCAAUUGCCUCUUCGAGUGUCCCGAAUUAAAUGCAUGCAUAAGUCCCGAUUUGUGGUGCGAUGGUACUGCGCACUGUCCGUCUGGUUACGACGAGGCACCCAAUCAUUGCCAGCACUUCCCCACAUUAUACGUGGCGGGAGGUGCGGCUGGUGCUGUUAUUUUGUUAUUGGUGGUGCUGGCUCUAGUCACACAUCGCUGCAGGCAGAGGGGGAAAUUCAAACAAUCGCGUCCUGUGCCCACUGACGAUUUGCCUAUGGAGAGUCAUCACGUAUGAGGGGAGAAGGGGGUGCCAAGGACUCUAAAAGUGCCUCAAGGAGCUGUGGUUAUGCUGUGGUAUGUGACCUAUGUGCUCCGUAGCCGAUUCCUGUAUGUGAGUGCGUGUGUAUGUCUGCUUGCAUUUGCGUGCGUGCGUGAGUGAAGGAACCAUCUGUUGCAUGCUGUUUAUUGUUACAUAAACGGUAUAAUGCUCAACAAUAUGUAAUGUGUGUCCAUCUCAUAAAAAAUAAUAAUGAUGAUAUGAAGAAAAUGAAGAAAAAAAACACAAGUGUAUGUUGAUGUUCCCAAGUUGUCAUACACUUAAGUUGCCAUAUUUAUUGAGGAAAAAAAACAAAAUAAUUGUGUAAUUUAUAAAAGUUUAUAUAUGUGGAUGAGCAUGUUUGUAAAUAUUGAUGAU